AUGUCUAAUAUUGUUCCAUUAUCAGAUUCUCCACCAUCACCAUCUGAUAUACCACCACCAUCAAAUCCAACAAUAUGUGAAAAUGAAGUUGAAUGUUCGAAACCAGCACUUGUAACAUGUCAUCAUUGUCCGAAACGUUUAUGUCUUAAACAUGUACUUGAACAUAAUGAAAUAAAUAUUGUUCGAACAUAUUCAUUAUCAGAUGAAAUUAAUUGUUUAACACAUCUACUUUCCAAACUUGAUUGUCAAAAAUCUGUUGAAAAUGCACGAAAACAUCUUGAUACAUGGAAAGAAAAUAUUCUUACUGAUAUUGAAAAUACUUAUAAACAUUAUUCAAAAGAAAUUGAUGAUUUACAAAAUGAAUUAAAUCAACGUGUAGAUAUAUUUAAAGAUAGUCAAAAAUCUAAAAUGUCUAGUUUACAAACACAAUUAGCAGCAUUACAAAAAGUGGGAGAAAUAUCUCAAAAUCAAUUAUUACCAAUUGAACGUGAUCUAAGUCAUCUUCGACAAUGUUUAGAAUCAGUUCGAUGUGAAAUAUGUAUUGAAACAACGAAUGUCUCAUGUAAUGAUCUGAUAAAUGCAUACAAUAUAUUCUCAUAUAAUCGUAUUUUACCAAAUAAUACACUUAUGCAAUCCUAUCGAACAAUAUCUGUUGAAAAUAAUAAAAAAUUUGUUUCAAGUCAACAAAAUGGAACAAUUUUAUGGUUAGAUAAUCGAAGACAACUACAUUAUAUUGAUCAAAAAUUUCAUGAUCAUAUUUUAACAUUACCAUCAACUAUGUGUAAUCCACCAACAGCUUCAUCAGCUUUGUUACCAUAUCAUCAAACAGGUGUUAAAGAUGUUGAUGUAGUAGAUUUAAAAUGGUGUUCAAAAACAGAAGCAUUUCUCAUUCUUUUUCAACGACAUUUAUAUUCAUUUGAUCCUAAAACACAUAAAUUUACACAAAUUCCUAUAACUCGACAUAAAGAUUAUCCCUUUCGUUGUUUAUCUUUUUUAAAUGAUUCAUCACUUUACAUAUCAUAUUGUGUUUUUGGUAUUUGUAUUGAAUUAUGGAAAUAUCCAACUAGCAAUGUAAAUUUGGCUGUUAAACGUUGGGACCGUUUAGCUAAUGAUAAAACUGAAUGGGUAUCACAUAUGGAUGCAAAUAUAAAUUCAAAUAUAGGUUUACUUAUUCGUACAGCAUCAUCUGUUCAUACACGUUUUGAAAUACGUGAUGAAACUUUAAAUUUAUUAAAACAGAUACAAUUAAAUGAUGAUUUUGUUGAUUCAUUUUAUCCAUUUCGUUCACAUCAAUGGUAUGUUAAAAGUUCAUCUGGAAAAUAUUAUAUUUAUUCAACCGAAACAAAUACAUAUGAACCAUCAUCAUUUGAAUUUCAAUUUGGAUUACAAGAAUUUGGUAUUAAUUCAAUGAUUAUUGGUAGCGGGCAAAACGAAUUAACUUUAUGUGAUGUUUGA